AUGAAAUGUCAUGUUUACUUCACUGUAUUAGAUGAUUUGUUUAACGGUCUUGAAAAUCGAUUUAAUCAGGAAACAUUAAAUUUAAUUGGUGCAAUUGGUCGUUUAGUAGAACUAAAAACUGAAGAAUUUGACAUUGAAUUAAUUUCACGGAAGUUUGUACUUAAUAGUGACGAAUUAGAAGGUGAAUUAAGACUUCUACGUUCUUUGCCCGAUUUUGUAGCAGGACCAUCAAACAAAACAAUUCAUCAGUGGUUAGAAAAAUUAUCAAUUAGUAAAAAUUUUGUUAAUGUAAAUAAAGCGUUGAAACUUUUUACUACCAUUCCUGUGACAAGUUGCUCUUGCGAAAGAGCUUUUUCCAAAUUAAGUUUGGUAAAAACAAAAUUAAGAAGCCGCAUGUCGCAAGAAAGAUUAGAUGCAAUGAUGUUGAUAUUUGUAGAACAAGAACUAGCAUCAGAAAUAAAUUAUGACGAAGUAAUUGAUGAAUUUAAACAUUUGCAUCCUUUUGACCGAAGAUUAGAAUUAUAAUAAAGUAUUAAUUAAAUUAGUUAUGAAAUGCAAAGUUUAAAUUAUAUUUUUACUUAUAUUGACUAUAAUAUAUAUAUAAUAUACUAUAAUAUAUAUUUAAUAUUAUUAUUUUACUAUUAUACUAUUAUUUUGAGAACUUUGUAGUUAUGUAAAUGUAAUACAAUAAAAAAAAAUUCUGAUUUGUGUGUUUUUGAAGGGAGAUAAUAAAAAUUGAGUUAUUUUUAAAUAUAUUGGCAUCCCCUGCGCAAAAAGUCUGCGCACG